GUCGCCAAUCAUUGUCAGUAGUGCGCGAGCGCCGAGCUGGAACACACGGAGCUGCGCGAGCUCCUGCCGCGAGCUCUACAUUUCCCGCAUUUUUUCCACUUUAACGGAAGUAUUUAGGGUUUAUUUUGGGGUAUUUCAGGAGAACAGUGUUCCUUUUUUCAGUCACUCUUCCUGUACUAACACCUGACGGACAUUUUAUCUUUUAUUUCACCAGAACUUGCUGUGGAGAGAGCAGCGGUUUGGGACAGAAGCGUUACUAUUCAUCUGAGGAGGAAAAGUGAAGGAGAACUUUUCCUCCUAGUCUGGAGGAUCAUCAGAUCUCCACCAAAAUAUUACACUUGUUCUUGUUGAUCUUGCUGAAAUAAGUUUUAAGGAAAUACAAAAAAAGAGCUGAAACUUCUGUUUCUCCUAUAAAAAAAAAAAAAGAAAGAAAGAAAGAUGAUCUUAUGUGGGAAUAAUAUGGAUGAAAUAUAACUUGACAAAACUAGCUAACUCAAAAGAUGGAGAACUUUCUGGAACCUUUUCUUACAUUUUCUUUGUUUUGACACCAGAAAACAGCAGAAUCACCAAGUUCAUCUGGUGAGGAACUCAUUGUGAAGAACAAAGCAUUCUUGAAGAUCUACAGACACGUCGUUGGAGUCGAUUUUGCUUUAUUUUUAAGCUUCUCAGGUGGAGUCUUCACACUUUUGGUGCUUCUCAUAGACAUCGCACCUCACAGGAUUUAACGAACUUCAUGUUUACUGAAGAACCUCAAACUUGACACUUUGAGGGAUCAUCACGUUUAAAAAGCUUCACGGUUUCUGAAUGAUCUCAUGACUUGUGAACUUGGCAGUUUCUAACAGGCUCUAAAAGGAUGUGAUUUAAAAGUCACGUUUCGAAGGAUCUCAUGAGCUUCGUGCUUUGAAGGAUAAUGAACUCUAAGCAUUGAAGGAGCUCAUGGACUUGCCCUGAUUUUGUCCGACUGCAGAUUUUCGUAUGCGCUCCUCCUCGGGUUUAUUUUGCAGGAUGGAGAGAGGAGCUCAGAAACUCUGUGGAUGUCCUCACGGUUUGACGUUUUUACUUGUAUUCCUCAUGGAGAGCUUAACGGUCAUGGCAGCCAACCUGGAGCCCAUCUACUGGAACUCCUUGAACAGUAGGUUUGGGGACGAGCGAGGUUACGUGCUAUACCCUCAGAUGGGGGACCGUUUGGACCUGGUGUGUCCCGCGUCCUCUUCGCGGGAGUACGAGUUCUAUAAGCUGUACCUGGUGUCGGAGCGCGAGCAGGCAGACAGGUGCGAGCUGAGCGAGGACUCCAACCUGCUGCUCACCUGCGACAAACCCAACGCCGACACGCGCUUCACCAUCAAGUUUCAGGAGUUCUCCCCCAACCUCUGGGGCCACGAGUUCAAGAACCUGCACGACUACUACAUCAUAGCUACCUCGGACGGGACAAGGCAGGGGUUAGACAGCAUGAGAGGGGGAGCAUGUGCGACGCGAGGCAUGAAGGUUGUGCUCAAAGUGGGACAGAGUGCAUAUGGACUUCCCCCAAAACCAAAACUGGAUCCCGGUCGCUCCAGCAGCAAAACUCCAGAUCACGGCGCGGACUUCCCAAACAGUGACGAAGCGGGCGAGAUGGACAGAGGUGCCGGCUCAGUCUCUUCAUCAGUCAUCAUGUUGAUCUUCAGCGCAGUGGGCGGGGUCCUUGUCCUGCUGCUGGUUGCCGUGGUGACCGGGGUGGUGUGUUACCGCAGGAGGAAAGCCAAACACUCAGAAACGCAGCGCCCUAGCCUGUCUCUCUCUGCCCUCACGCCCAGAAGGGGCGGGGCCAGCAUGGCAGGAAAUGCAGGAGUCAUCGCAGGGGGUAACAUCACUGGCGGCACAGAGCCCAGUGACAUCAUCAUCCCGCUGCGGACUUCUGACUCCGCCUACUGCCCACACUACGAGAAGGUCAGCGGCGAUUACGGACAUCCGGUCUACAUCGUACAGGAAAUGCCACCUCAGAGUCCGGCUAACAUCUACUAUAAAGUAUGAGGAGGGACCUGGAACGCUCCCCCCCAACCCCACACACUUACACACACACUUAAAGACUGAAGACUCUUCCCUUCUUCACGGAAACAUGCUCCUACCACAUACAAGUUCCGUGUGUUAGGUUUGUGUCUUUAGUUUGCUACGAGGCUAAGGCUGCUAACAAGUAACGGAAGCUUUAUAGCCUCCAAUUUAGCAGUAAAUCUAUGUAUCAUUUGUCCCGCAGAAGCCGAAGGUCACACAUCAGCACAGGCUCAGGAAUGGGGCGGGGCUUAGUUAGUUAGCUAGCGCUAAAGUCAGUGCUAAAUGUAAUUACAGUGUAUUCCUAGUCUUUCUCAGUAUUAUUUUUACAGUUUUUCAACACAUCUAUAUUUUUUUACACCGUUUACGCCAAAGCUUUCUGAACUACAUGAUAGCCGGCUAAACACCAUUAGCUUCCCAGUGUGAUAAAUAACUAAAUAAAAUACUAAAAAUUCAUAGCUAGUACUAUAACAAUUAAAAGUACUUAUUCAAUAUUGCAAUACCUAGUACUAUAUUAUAUUUUACUAUAUGUGCAAUAUCUAUAAUCUAAUAAAGAAUAUUUAUCGCUAAAAUCACUCCAUCAAUUUUUCAUCAUGUAUCUAUAAAUUCAUAUUUAUAAUUCAUAUUUAUGUAUAAAAGCUGUAGUAAUCAUGCAUUAGUUAGUAAUUACCACAAACAUUCUAUAAAAUCAUUAAAGUACACAUUGUUAUGGAGUCGGAUCGGCUAAACUGGAGGCCAUAGGCUUCCAUUACUUGUUAGCAACAUUAGCGUUGGAACUACGGAUUCAAACCACGUCACACAGCAAACGUGUAUCGGUGCAGUAAAUACAUUUUGGGAUGAAAGUGACAUUGUGGACAUUUGUGUGCGUGUGUGUAUUAAACUGCAGAUCUUUGUACACACCUGCAGUAGAGACUGGCACUGAAGCCUUGUUACUUCCUGUUUCUCACCGGUUGUAGUAAACGUUUGGAUCGUGUGUGUGUGUGUGUGUGUGUGUGUGUGUGUGUGUGUGUGUGUGUGUGUGUGUGUGUGUGUGUGUGUUUUAAAGAUGUCCUAAAACCCCACAAACGUAUGAUUGAACAGUUGAAAUAUUGAAGCAAUUGAUUUUAGAUCUGCGUGUGUGUGUGUGUGUGUGUGUGUGUGUGUGUUUGUGUUUAUUCUGCUCCUUGCUCACAAUUCCCUCGGCGUGUUUAUUUCAGUCUCUGUGAAACCAAAAGCGCCGGCGUUUUCCAUCCUCCCGCGUUCGUCCCGGAUUUUUCCUGCCGUCUCUCUACACGCAUCUAAACCCGAACAGACACGCUGAGCGUUCUUACCGCCUCACUUUCACUGGCCGUCAGUAACCUACUAACAACCGCACGUGGUUUCUCUACGACCCUCACACAGAAACCAAUUACAAUGGAAAUAACCAAGUGAUAACUAUUUUUUAAAAAAGAAAGAACAAAAGAUUCUCUUGGUGAUCAAUGAAAUUUCUGUUCAGAGGAGAAACUAGAGGAAGAGUCACUGCUGACCUCCAAGAAAUUGACACAAGAAAAAAUGCAUGAUGAAAGAACACAAGCGUCUAACCGAUCAGGACAGAGACCCGUCCCUACUCAGGUUACAGUUCAGAAAGCUCCGCCUCUCGCACACGAGUAAAAACGCAUUAACGCGGUUCUUACGCUGUUCACACGUGGAUUUGGACGAAACUGGAAGGACGUGGCGUUCCGUGUGUAAGGAGAGGGAUUGGCGUCUUCUUCCUUUGCUCCUUGUCAGACGUUUUGGUCAAACAGAGCAACAGUUAGAUUUCCAGACAGUUUUCCGUACCUCUUUUUUUUUUUUUAAA